AUGCUGCCUAAUCCCCCGGAUCAAAUUCAGGGCAAAAAACACUGGCUAUUCUCGCAAGAAGAAAUUGAACUCGCUGUUGAGCGUCUCAAAACUUACAACACUGUCGGAGCCGGUUUCGAUUGGGUGCAGGUGCUGGUUGCCUUUAAAGACCCCAAGUUUUUUCAAGUGCAAACGCAGCUCUUUUCCAUCAUCCCGUACGCGUGCGCUUUCGUUACCCUUCUCGUCCUCAACAUUGCCUCCGAUCGCUUGAACAUCAAAGCGCCAUUUUUGAUGCUUUGCCAUAUUAUCUGCAUCAUCGGUUACAUAAUUCUCAUGCUAGUAACCAAUGAUAAAGUCAAGAUAUUUGGCACUUGUCUUAUAACCACUGGAGUCUUCCCAUCUUUCACUAUAGUUGGCGCUUGGACAGGGAUUAAUAUCGGAGGAUUUACUAAGCGGGCAAUUACUUGGGCCGUGACCCAGGUGGUUGGCCAGUGCUUUUCUAUUAUGGCAUCUCACAUCUACACGGAUCCUCCUCGCUACCUCAAAGGCCACAGCACUUGUUUGGCAUUUCAAGUUGUGGCGUUGCUUUCAACUUGCGUUUUGUGGUUCUGGAUGCGACGUCUUAACAAGAAGAAAGACGAGGAGGCGGAGCAUCAUCGCACAGCUGGAACGAUUGAUCCAAAGAUUUGCCUGUCGCUUGAGGAAGCAUACGACUAUCAUCCCAACUUUCGCUACAUCUUGUGA